AUGCGUUACGAAGAUUGGGACAUUCUCCUCUUCCCACAAAACUGCAAGGUACCGGUUAAGGAGUUCAAAGUGGCUUGCCAUGUUGUCCAUGAUCCAGAAUCCCCUCAUCUUGGGGGCACGUUCGGCCUGCCAACGGUUUGUUGUUUUGUUCCGAGUCUACCAACGGGAACCCCCUUUCGGGUGUCUAUCCACUCCUGGAAUGCACCGGUCGUGAGUAAAUUCACCAACUCAUACAGCAAAUUCCCGGAGAAUGUGAAGUUUGAGGCUCGACUGUUCAUUGACGGAAGACUCGUAGCGUCUACUGCGCUCGACAGAGAGAGUAUCUGGCCACAUAUUGUAGCACACAGUUUCGACUUCUCUAAAAGUGGCGACCUGGAACCACUCAGCUUCCCUGGUUUUCGAGAAGAGCUGCUCCAACAAAACUUCUGGAGUCCGGCUGACGACCUUGGCCGUAUCAAAUUAGUGUUGAGCGAGGGAUUUCCUCGUGAUUCUAUUACCACACCAUUUGAAAGGGUGAAGAAUAUUGUGGCCUUUUCAUUCCAGCACGCCCCAUUAGGUACUUCCGUUGCCUGCAGCUUCGUCAUGGAGGGUCGAACCCUGCUAAUCAGUAUUUCAGAAGUUCUAGAGAGCUCUUCUAUUGCUUGGCCGAAUCCUUCCAUGUGGCGAAGAGCGCCGUUUGCUGACUCUAUGCAAGUCCCCACGCUUCAACCAGACGACUCCGAGUCCCAUGCCCAUUCACCUCAACGUCGAGGAAGCAGCUCUGACAAAUUGAGCCAUGCUAUGAAUUCAUUUCAAGGUACUGGAACGAGCUCUGUACUUGUGGCUGGGGGGCGACGAGUAACACAUCCUGUGUACGGACCAUGCUUGUAUCCUGCAGAAAAUGGGUUGGAUCCGUUUGGCAACGCGGGCUCAUAUUUCGAAUGGCUGAAUUGUAUGGACAUGGGCAUGACCGCGGCCGUCGGAGACAAUCAUUUCAACUUAAACCGCAGCUCUGCUGCACAGAGAAGUACAAGGAGAACUAGCACCGAUGUCAGCAUGCCAGACUACAUCCCUGCGAAGUCCGACAGCCAAGGUGUGGAACAGCAACUGGCCCCAGAAACUUUUCCUGAUGAGGAUGGGAGGCAGAACGCACAAUGUAAAGUCCCGACCAACGCGCCGACCGCCGACGUUGAAUACAAAAGAGAGGAUAACACAUCCUUUCCGUCUGAACUGGCCGACUCUUUGACAAAUUCGUUGUUGAACCAGCCAUUGCCCAUGGACUUGCAUCAUUCUGCAUUUCACGCACCUGCCGCAGAAGUAAUAUCUCGAAAGGAAUACCGCGACCAGCAACACUCCGGCCCCUCUCCAACGAUAGCGAUGGGCGGACCUGUAGAUACCCAAGAACGCCUAGAAAGCAGGCAUGUGUCGCAGCAAGUGUAUAUACCACAGGGAUCGAGCAUUGCCAUCGGAAAGGCAGAUAUGGCAGAGAACAGCGUCAAUCAUAGUGAUUAUUGUGCCUCAGCCAUGACCCGCGGCAACGCUUUACAGGCAGGCUGUCCUGGUCACAAGGGGUCGAGCGAAGUCCAGGAUGAAGAAGCAAAGCAUAGCGGGGGAAAGGGUGCGAAAAGAAUGCGGAAAUUCACUCCAGUAUCCUGCAGAGCCACGGAUGAGGAAGAUGAGGCGCGCAGACUCAGUCCUCAAGUGCGCCUGACGUCAUUUUUGGAGCGUGAAGCCUCGGCUGAUACCACACCGUAG